AUGGCCAGGAACAUGGCAGGUGACCUUUUUCUCGCAUCCUUCGCUAGAAAAUCAAUAUUGGAAGGCCUUGUCAACUUCGGUAGCGGCGAGAUGAUCGUGCUGAAGUACAGUGCCAGCCUCGUGAGGCAGUGGGGGUUCCAGUACGGCUCGCAGGAGCAUGUCGCUGCCAGAGGUGUGGCUUUGACAUCCGGCGGCGAUAUGGCCGUCGCAGGCGAAACAUUGGGGAGCUUGUUCCCUCCCCACAACGGAGACGAAGAUCGCGACGUUUUCAUUAUGAAGUUCCCUGCUACUGAUGGCAUCACAACCGACACGUUCCCGGCAGUGGCAGUUUCUGAGUGCAUCAAGCGAGCGCCGACACCAACGAUCGGGUUCGAGGCUUGGCGGUGGCCCCCAACGGCGACAUCUUCGUCGUGGGGAGGGUUCGCGUCUGUCACGAAUAUCUCGGCAGCGACGGGUGGUCAUUUAGCAAUGAGGUGUUUGUGA